CGUAAUACCCGGCCGCAGCCGCUAGGUGUCGCUGUUCGUGUGCUGUACAGACGGUGCGGCGGCUCCUCCUCCGGUGCCCAUCACACAAUAACACUACAGAUCUGCGCCCGGGGUCGUGCGUUAUAUCGGCGGCAGGUUCACGCCCAUCUGACUAUUUCCUGAAGUGUCACACAAAUUAUAAACCCUCAUAUCUCGGGAACAGGAAGAAGUAUUCCAAAACUCUUAACAGGUCCUCUAUAAGAUGGAUCUGUCACAUCUUUCUGUCUCUGAUGGUGAAGGCCUCUUUGUUCAAGCCCAUCAGGAUACCAUCAUGUCCUACGUCUUUGUGAAUGAUUCCUCCCAGACCAAUGUCCCCCUGCUGCAGGCCUGCAUCGAUGGGGACUUCAACUAUUCCAAACGCCUUCUAGAAAGUGGAUUUGAUCCCAACAUCCGGGACAGCCGAGGCCGUACGGGGCUUCACCUGGCUGCGGCCAGAGGGAAUGUAGACAUCUGUCAGCUCCUGCACAAGUUUGGAGCCGAUCUCCUGGCCACAGAUUAUCAGGGGAACACGGCCCUGCACCUAUGUGGUCACGUGGACACCAUACAGUUCCUUGUCUCCAAUGGCCUCAAGAUCGACAUUUGCAAUCACCAAGGUGCCACCCCACUUGUUCUGGCAAAACGCAGGGGUGUGAAUAAAGAGGUAAUCCGCAUGUUAGAAUCCCUGGAGGAGCAGGAGGUGAAGGGUUUCAACAGGGGCACACACUCCAAGAUGGAAACCAUGCAAACAGUCGAGAGCGAAAGGUACGUCCAGUGCUCCGAGCUGCUGAUGGAAAAGGGACACAGCACUUUGUCCGAAGGGUCCACUGAGGAAGACUGUGCUAUGGAAAGUCAUUCCCUCUUGAAUCCAAACCUCCAACAGGGAGAAGGCGUCCUCUCCAGCUUCCGCACCACUUGGCAGGAGUUUGUGGAGGAUCUUGGAUUUUGGAGAGUCCUCCUCCUUCUCAUUGUCAUCGCCCUCCUUUCUCUAGGCAUCGCAUACUAUGUCAGUGGAGUGCUGCCAUUUGUGGAGAAUCAGCCAGAACUAGUCCACUAGAGUCGGAGCCGAAUCUGAUGGUGAAUUCAUCUUCUUGAUCCUUUCCGGUACCGCGCCAAUUGUGGGUGCUGUGCUCCUGGGAUGAACCACUUUAUGUCACCCCCUUUCUCAUUACAUGAUGGGACAUUCUAAGAAGGUUUUUGGAGAGGUUUUAUCGUAUUAAAGGCCUUUGCACAUACGGACAUGCCCUGUUCUAGCAUGCAGUAGAUGGAAGGCUCUCGAGUCAAAUCUUGCUACUGGUUUCCUCUUCGUAUGGAAAAUAACUAUUCUUUUGGCGAUGGCUCGGCCUUGAAAAAGCAAAGCGAGGGUCUCUAGUUCUGGUUCCAUCUAAUCGGUGACUGGAGUUGGUCUUUAUUAACAUUUCAUUCCUCCCCUUUAUGGUCUCAUGACCUGCAGUGUUACACACUAGAGAUGAGCGAACUUACAGUAAAUUCGAUUCGUCACGAACUUCUCGGCUUGGCAGUUGAUGAC